AUGGCGAGCGUGAUGAGCAGCAGAAUGGCCACGCCUGCGUUACGACAGAUCGGACAGGCAGCAUCCAGGCGUACGAUUAUCCAGCUGGCGACCCGUCAGACAGCCAGAGCUCUACCGACUUAUCAACGACGAUCGGCUUCAACUGGCUCUGGACCAUCAUCGUCGAGCUCCUCAAAGACCGCAAUCUAUGCAGUCGGAGGCUUGGCUGGUAUCGGUGCAGCUGUCUGGUUUUUCGGCUUGACAGACACGAAAAAGGCCGAAUUAGAGGAUGAUGCUACUGGCGGACAUGCUCGUGCUAGAGGUAUGCUGGGUGGUGUAGUAGACUACCAGAAGGUGUACAACGAGAUCGCCAAUGUGCUCGAAGCAGAGCACUAUGACGACGGUUCCUAUGGCCCUGUCCUAAUCCGUUUGGCGUGGCACUGCAGUGGCACGUAUGACAAGAACAGUGGCAACGGCGGCAGCAACGGCGCCACCAUGCGAUUUGCUCCCGAGUCAAAUCAUGGCGCCAAUGCAGGUCUCCUGGCUGCGCGAGAGCUGCUUGAACCCAUCCACGCCAAAUUCCCAGAAAUGAGCUAUUCGGAUCUCUGGACGCUUGCCGGCGUCGUUGCCGUCAUGCAGCUAGGCGGCCCGACGAUCCCUUGGCGUCCGGGACGCGUCGAUGCAGAUGCAUCGCAAUGCACACCCGAUGGGCGUUUGCCCGAUGGCGACAAGGACCAGGAUCACCUCAGGCAGAUCUUCUACCGCAUGGGCUUCGAUGACGAGGGCAUUGUCGCAUUGUCGGGCGCACACGCUGUAGGACGAUGCCACCCAGACCGAUCUGGUUUCUCCGGACCAUGGCAACACUCGCCUACGAGUUUCAACAACGAGUACUACAAGCUACUUUUCAACGAGAAAUGGCAGCUCAAGAAGUGGGACGGUCCGAUCCAGUACGAGGACAAGUCUACCAAAUCGUUGAUGAUGCUCACGACCGAUAUGGCCUUGACAAAAGACAAGGCAUUCAAGCCGAUCGCCAAGCGCUUCGCAGACGACGAGGGGCUAUUCUUUACUAGCUUCUCAAAGUACUUUGCCCAGCUGCUCGAACUCGGCGUUCCGGCCAAGAACUUUGAAGGACGAGAGCCCAUCACAUUCACGCCCGCAGAUGUUUAGACUACGCUCGCAAUUCUUAGAUCAAAGCCACUAGAUCGACGCUCGCAGCGCUAGAACGAGCCGGGCGUUGAGCAAUAGAGCUCCUUGUUUUACCUCUGCUACAUGCAUCGUUCAGACACAUGUCGU